AGCUGCCGGCAGUUGAGUCUCGAGCUUCGAUGCGUUCGGUUGUGUUUCUUAUAUCGCUACUUGGGCCUUGCUCUGUGCCCGUUUUCUUCACAUUGUAUUGAAAGUCGUAACGCCUGCGCGUGUUUUAUGCAUUUUGAAACGGUUGCCAAUCGAGCUAAAUACAAAACACAAAUUGUUUCAAUUCAUAUACUAAUAGAUAUGCAACAGGUGUAACAGUGUGCACAGGUGUCUCAAAUCUUUUAACUCGCUUACAAUUGGAUUUACGCAAUCGGCAGCAGCUGCUAAGGAACUUUAAGUGCCUUCGAUAAUAGCUCAAUCAGCUCGGCUCAGGUCAGAUCAGAUCAAAUCUGAUCAGAUCACGUGCCGGCAACUACAGUUAGUGUAAUUCGGUAGAAGUAGCCGAAAAGUUGUCGUCCAAACAAAUACUCGAAACGCUACCUAAGAUCCAAAAAAAAAAAAAAAGCCAAAAUAAAACCCGUCGAGAAGCCGAAAGCUGACAAAAGAGUUGGCUCGUUGAUCGUGUUGGCAUUUAAUUUAGCUGGUUACGUGGCUGGGACACUCGUGCGGCCGCCGAAAAGAAAGUCACGACACUAUCCAAAGCGGUUCAAAACAAGAUUUCCAAGAUUCUGCGCCGAAAGUCAAAGUUACAAGUUUACAUUUUGGCCCGGUUCAACGUCUUAUCAGUGUGUGUGUGUCGCCUGUCGUGUGCGCGUAUGUGUGUUUGUGCCACUUUAGAAAGUGAAAAUCGAGUGCAGUCCCAGUUUGAAGCGCAUUCGGUCAGAGCUGCAGCUGAAAGUGAAUUUGCCUGCGAGCUCCAUCAUCAUCUGUCCCAGUAGCUCCAGAGACAGCUACAGCUACAGCUCAGCUACUUGGCCCAACUGCCAGAAAUAUAAAAUUCGUCUAUAGAGCAGCAGUCCAAACUGGCUUCACGUUCCACAAUGGAGGCCGAAGAAAUUACAAAACUCGUUGAUGGUGUUUAUAGGAAUAUACUCGAUAGAUUCAAUCCGGGUGCCAGACAGCUAAUUGCGGCGGGCAAAAGUUACCUGAAGGCAUUGCAUGGUGCCGCAACAGCCUCGCGUCUAUUCAAUGAAGCAUUGGCCAAGAUUGCGAUGAACGCGCAGCAAAGCGGAACGGGCGAUAUUGGUUCAGCUUUGAUGAGCGUUGUGAAUGUCAACAAGGAGAUUCAGGAUCAACAAAUGAAUAUUCUGAAAGCCUUCUAUGUUGAUCUAUUGGUGCCAUUGGAGACAAAUUUGGAGAAGGACACAAAAGUGGUGCAGCAUGAGCAGAAGAAGUUUAUGCAGCAGCACAAAGUGCGCAUGGAGAGCUACCAGAAGGCUGUCUCCACAAUGAAGAAGCAGCGCAAGAAAAAGGCCACGCCCGAGAACACGGAAAAGGAGCUGAGAAGCCUACAAUUGUUGGAGGAUCAGAAGAAGAAACUCGAUAUAUUUUGUGAUCAGAGCUAUAAGAAUGCCAUGACACAGGAGCGUCGUCGCUAUGGCUUCGUCUUGGAGCGCCAGUGCUCGAUCGCCAAGCACUGGAUGGCCUACCACACCACCGGCAAAACAGUAAUUGAUAAUAAUUUCGAAAAUUGGCAAGAAAUUGCCGCUUCCCGUGAGAUAAUACCGCCGGCCGCAUACGAGAGCGGCUACAGCAGCAGCAACAGCAAUACGAGGCGCCUGGAGCGCAUCAAAGACGCUGAUGAUGAGCAGCUACAGAGCCAAGGCAUGGGCGCUCAGCUAAAGAAAUCGCGCAGCAUCGAUGCCCCGUACGGAGACAUGCGCACUCUGCACGAGCGUGAAGGUGGCUCGGGAUCAGCGCUCUAUGGACAGAAUUCCUUGCCGCGUGCCAAAUCCGACUUCAAUUUGGCGCUCGUUGGAGCUGGACCUAUGACAGGCAGCAAACACAAAAUAAUUGAGGAGCAGCUGCCGCUCUGUGAGGUGGAGCGUGGGGAUCAGCGUCCACUGGUCAAGGCACUGUAUGCCUAUAUGCCUUCGGGUGAGAAUCAGCUGUCCUUCGAGGAGGGCGAUCGCAUUGCCCUGGUGGGCGGCAAGGCCAAGGGCUGGCAGUUUGGUGAGAAUCUGCGCACGCAGCACUUCGGCUGGUUCCCUGUGGCCUACACCAAUGCAGAGAGUCUGGAGGUGGCGCCAUCUAGCGGACGACGCUAUGAGAACAUGCACAUGAGCUACGCCAGCAGCGGACUGCGCAGCUACCAUGAGCAGCAGCAGCAGCAACAGCAGCAGCAGCAGCAGCAAUACGAAGCGCAGAUGGAGCUGAUGGACAACGAGGCCACGUACAGACGACGCCGUAAUCACAGCGCCGAGGAGUCCUCGCCCACGCGCAUGUUCGGCGACACCAUCAAGCAGCAAAAGAAGUACCGCUCCGGCUCGGCAGCCAAUCCACGCCCCGGUCCGCCGCCCACGCUGCCCGCUCCAGUCCCGAAUGGCCAGAGCCAGAGCGCCCGUAUGCUGAACAGUUCGCAGAGCUUCUGCGCUGCCAACGGCGUGCCCGCUGCCGUGGAGCGACGCAAGCAGAAGCUGCUGAAUGGCGCACAGAGCUCCAUGAGCCAGCCGUCCACAAAGUCCGCAGCGGCGGCAAAGACCUCGCUGCACAGCAGCAAUGACAGCGGCUUCGCCAAUGAGCCGCCGCCACAGCCCGAGGUGGACUACUCCGACGAGGAGCCAGCCACACAGCGUGUGCCCAUACGGCGACGCGCGGACACCAACACCCACACGGUGCCCAGGGAUGUGGCUUCGUGGACGCUGAAUCGUAAUUUCCGUAACAGCGUGGACAGCCAGAUCGAUGACAAGAGCUUGAACCGGCUGAGUCGACAGAGCGGCGGAGGCAUCGGUGGCAAAAUGCGAUACGAUCUGAUUGCCUCGGACGAUGAGAUACUGCAGGCAUCCAGUGCAGGCUUGAAGCGCACCAAGUCCUUCUGGAAGUUUGGCGGAGGACGCACUGAGGAUAUCCUAGCUGGCAUGUCGCUCUGGCAGCAUCGCGACCUGGUUGCAGCGCCCAAUAUGGAGGAGAUGCGGGACGUCGGAGCCCUGGACGAGGAUCGAGAGCGUCACAAUCACAGCAAUGGCAACGGCACUGGCACGCUGACCAAGUCGCAGAACUCCAGCUCGUCGCAGGAGAAGCGUGGCCGCAAGGACAGCAUCACCAGCACAGAGAUCUAUGGCGACGAUGAUGAGAACAUCUAUGGAGUGAGUCCGGCUAUGCCGCUACAAAAACAACAACAGACGCAGCAGCCGCAGCAACAGCAGCAGAGGAGCAGCGGCUAUACGCCCAAGUCACGCAUGAAGAUCAUGAAGACCAUUGAGAUUGAUAUAGAGGAGCCGUCGGAAAGCGAACGCUUGAGCACCAUCCGCCGUAGUCAGCAGCAGCAGCAGUCAGAUUAUGGCCAUGGACACCGCAAGCUGGACAAGCAGGGCUCUGGCUCCGCCUCACUGGCCUCCUCCACGCCGCAGCACAAGGCCCAGACGCUCACCCGAUCGAAGCCAUCGCAGCAGCAACAGCACCAACAACAGUUUCCCCACUCCACGGAUGAGGGCGACAGCGAUGAUCAUGGCACGUUGAAGAUGAGCGACGUCAAUAACUUCUUCGAUGACAUGCAGCACGAUGGAGGCGGCAAUUCGGGCAACGGAGGAGGCGUUGGCAAUCAUGGCCUGGUCAUGAAGACGCUCAAGCGCAAGGAUAUACUCAAGCAGUACUACACCAGCGAGGAUGAGUCUGAGGCAGAGAUCAAGUCGACCAGCUCCGACCCCUAUGACUGCAUCGUGAUCAAUGAUCAUCUGGUGCGCAAGGAUGACAAGCUGAGACGCCGAGAGCAUCAACACCAUCAGCAGCAGCAGCAGCAAAUGGAGUUUCACACGUUUCGCUCAUCCACAUCCACGAUUGCGACCAAUACGCUGAAGAAGUCCAGCUCCAAGGAUCAGGACAGCACGCUGACCCGCAACUCCACAGCUAAUGCAGCUAAUGGGGCACCAACUGCCACAAUUCUGCCGCGCACGCGCCUGCUCAAAUCAUCUUCCAACAACAACAGUAACAACAACAACAGCAACAGCAGCAACAACAACCACAACAACAUCAACAACAUCAAUAACAACAACAACAACAUCAACAGCAGCGCGACACUGGAGCGCAAUCUGAAGGCGCACGUGGGCAACAAGAGCUACGGUCCGUGGUACGACUUCUGGGACCAGGAGCAGCACGGCAUUACCAGUCAGAAAUCUGCCAGCGCCAAGCUGAAAUAGCUACCAGGGGCAACGGGCCAGGAGCAAAACAAAUUGCGGGCUCUGUAAGGAGUUUGUAGUUUCGCCGUUUUCUUACCGGAGAAGAAAAUGCGCCGAGCGUGACGGCGAUUGAGGAGAGCAUGUGAAAUAACCAAGCGUGAUUCAAUUCCCAGUGAAACAUUAGAAAUAAGCACUUAAUAUUCUAUUUUUGAACUCUUAAGUUACCAGAAAUCUGAUCAAAAAUGUAUUUAAAUAAUUACUAAAACUAUGAUAAAUCUCUUCCAAGUGCUUCCAAAUCUCUGUUAUAUAUAUCAAGAAAAAUUCAACUAUGCUCCAAUCAUCAAUCGCCGACUGCUUAAUACUCUUUCAGGGCUCACAGCGCGUGAGAGCUUCCAUUAUUUUGGUGCCUUGCAUAACGCACAGUUUUAAGCUAAACAUAAACACAUAAACCAUAUAUACAUAAAUAUACCUAUAUUAUAUAUAUAUA